AUGGGAAUGAAGAACAUGAAAAAGAUGGCUGUAGCCAAAUUUGAGGACUUCCAUGCAGCUGCCUCUACUUGUUCCCCAUCUCGGGCUUCUCUGCUGACAGGGCGCCUGGGGCUACGGAAUGGCGUUACCCAUAAUUUUGCUGUAAACUCAGUAGCUGGCCUACCGCUGAAUGAAACAACACUGGCAGAAGUUCUAAAGCAAGCCAAUUAUUCGACAGCAAUAAUUGGUAAAUGGCAUCUUGGACAUCAUGGCUAUUACCAUCCAAAUUUUCGUGGCUUUGACUACUAUUUUGGAAUACCGUACAGUAAUGAUAUGGGUUGCACGGAUGAUCCUGGGUACAAUGUUCCUCCAUGCCUACCUUGUCCGAGGGAUUCUGAUAUACAAAGCUGUAGACGCAACACAUGUACCACAGGUGUAGCAGUGCCACUCCUUGAAAACCAAAUGAUAAUAGAACAACCAGUCAAUCUCAGCAGCCUGGCAGAGAGAUAUGCAGAAAAAGCUAUACAAUUCAUCCAGAAGGCAAGGGAGAGUUUACAUCCAUUCUUCUUGUACUUUGCCCCGGCCCACAUGCAUGUUCCUUUACAGUAUAAUUCUCGAUUUGCUAACACUUCCAAACGUGGUCCAUAUGGAGACAGUCUACGAGAGCUGGACCAUGUCAUUGGGCAGAUACUGGAAGCAGUUAAUACAGAUUUUCACAAAAACACACUUGUGUGGUUUGCUGGUACGUAUGCUUUGGAUAUAUUUUCUACCCUGAUUUCACUGGCAAAUGCAAGCCUGCCUCCAAACAGACGCUAUGAUAGUUUGGAUAUAACAGAGGUGCUAUUUGGCCAGUCAGACUAUGGUCAUCAGGCGCUUUUCCACCCAAACAGUGGAGCAGCUGGACGAUUUGGGAAUUUGCAGACUAUUCGUCUGAAGCAGUAUAAGGCUUUCUACCUCACAGGUGGUGCCAGAGCUUGUAAAGGUAAGGAAGGACCAGAACAACAACAUGACCCACCUUUGAUAUUCAACCUGUUGAACGAUACUGCUGAAUUCCUACCUCUAGAUCCUGCUACUCCAGAAUACCGUGCUGUGUUGCCACAGAUAAAAGUGACGCUUAAUAACGUCCUCUUAGACAUCUCUACAGAUAACAUCUCCUUGGCUGAUUAUUCACAUGAUCCAUCUGUGAUUCCAUGCUGUCAACCAAAGCAUGUAGUGUGUAGGUGUCAGGACAAGGCCUGAAUCCCAUUUCUUUAUUUUAAUUAUUAUUGUUUGGAAUGGGUAGUUGCUGAGGUGAUUGGAAUCUUUGAAGCUUAAAUAGAAUAUGGGAUAUAACUGCUGAAAUGAGCAAAUAAAAUUGUGUAUGGGUAAGUAUCUCUUAAAUCAACAAAUAUUGCUUCACAUACCAUUAAUUAUAAUUAAGUUAAUUAUAUAUGAAUGAAAUAACAAAGUAGAUUGUAGGGAAGGUGAUGGCCUAGUGGUAUUAUUGCUGGACUGUUAGUCCAGAGACCCAGAUAAUGUCCUGGGAACCUGGGUUCGAAUCCCACCAUGGCAGUCAGUGGAAUUUGAAUUCAAUAAAUAUCUGGAAUUAAGAGUCCAAUGAUGACUGUGAAUCCAUUGUCGAUUGUUGGAAAAAGCCACCUGGUUCACUAAUGCCCUUUAGGGAAGGAAACUGCCAUCCUUACCUGGUCUGGACUACAUGUGACUCCAGACCCACAGCAAUGUGAUUGACUCUUAACUGCCCUCUAGGUAAUUAGGGAUGGGCAAUAAAUGCUGCCUAGCCAGCGACACCCUCAUCCCAUGAGUGAAUAAAUAAUAAAGAUCAAUUAAAGCACCAUAUCCAGCUAACAUAUGAACAUAUAUCUGUGAUGUACUUUCUCAUUGGGCAAUAUGAUAGGGCUCUGGAGCCUGGGCAGGAGAUGUGGCACAAUCUCAACUGUAAAGUGAAGGGCAUCUGCCAGAAAUAUUAGUUCUUAAAAAUCUAUUCAUAGGACGUGGGUGGAGGUCACUGGACCAGCAUUUAUUGUCUCUUCCUAUUUGCCCUUCAGAAGAUGGGUGAGCUGCUUUUGUGAACCAUAGCAAUCCAUUUUCUUUAGGGUAGACCCACAAUGCCAUUAGGGAGGAAGUUUCAGGAUCUUGACCCAGCAACACUGAAAGAACAGCGAUACGUUUCUAAGUUUGGGUGAUGAGUGGCUUGGAGGGGAACAGUGGGAAUAUCACAGUCUGCUAAUGGAAACACAUUCCGACUGUACCUUCAUGCAGAUCCCAUUGGACUUCUUCAAUCUUUCUUUAUUUUUUUAAUUUUCUACUUUUAUAGUCUAUGUUUUGGUUUAUUUUUCUGUGUUUUAAGAUUGUCCCGGAGAGUGGCGACACUAUACAACACUUUUCACUGUAUUUUGUAACAAAAUGAACAUGGCAAUAAAUAAAUCAAAUUAAAUCAAAUUAACCUUCCUUGCAUUCUCAUACAUGGCUCAGACAAGCCAUGAAAUAUAGGAGUUCAAAAUAAGUCUGGCAUUGAGGAUCUGCAUUCUAAAGCCCAAAAUAUUUUUGUGGAAAGGACAAAACAGAAUUAGAAUUAGAAUUAGCUUUAUGGUCACAUGUACUCACAUGAGUACAGUGAAAUGUUUGCAAGCUGCCAUUUAUGUCGCCAUCUUAGAUACAAAGGUACCUAGGUAUAGAUUCUUCAGUACAAAUUCUUCAGAAAAAAAUUAGAAAAGUAAAGAAAUGAAAAGUUCAGAUAACAGUCCCUCCAACCCAGUCUUCACUGGCACCUAGCUUCCAAUCUGAGCCAGGUGUCACCUCCAGACUGCACCAGGCUUCACCUCAAAAAAGAGAAGAAAUGGUUGGAGCGAAUGAGCUCCAGCUGAGGAGUCCCAAUCCGCCGCCAUUUUGAAACACAUGAGCCACAAGUGAAUAAGGAGAAAGCUAUUGAUGGGAACCCACAGUGGAAAAUUCAAAGAAACUGCCAAAAGGGGAUAAAAAAAAACUGCCAGUUUCUACUACACAUAUUUGUCUUCUAUUCCCAGUUAUACUGUUCUGCCCAUCAAUUCACAAUGCCUUUCCUAGGACAGAGAAACCUCUGAAAAUGUGUUGAGUGCUCGCAGCUCACUGCGAUUACAGCAGUGAGGCCUGGGGUCUAAUUUCAGGCAUGUCUUAGGCUACCAGCUCCUGUUGCAGGCUCAACCUGCAACAUUCACCCAUUAUCCCAGUGCAGAUUGGUCCCUGGUCAAGUGACACUUUGAUUUUGAAAUUCACACCCUUGUUUUGAAAUCGUCUAUGGCCUUCUCCUACUUUGACCCCACAACCCUGCAAGAUAUUGUGCUCCUUUAAUUCUGAUCCCUUGAGCAUCAAUGAUUUUAAUUGUUCCGUUAUUGGUGUUUGUGCCUUCAACUGCUUCCACCCGAGGUCUUGGAAUUCCUUCCUGAAAGAAGCCUCUAGACCUUUAUAUCUUCCAUCAGGAUGAUAAUUAAAAUGUGCAUUCUUGUCUAGUUUGUUGGCCAUCUGCCUUAUUAUUAUUUACCAAAUGCAAAUCCCCAAAGUUAAAUGAUGGCCUCCUCCUCUGCUCAGUUUAAGGCAGUUUGUCUGCUACUUAAUCUGUAGAAGUGUUUUUCAUAAAUAUGCAACAUUGUUUGUGUUUCUCCACAAGAGUAUAAGAGGAUUGUACUCCGGUCUCGGAGGUGUCUGCACAGGGAUCCUGGCUUGCCCUGGAACCUAUUUCAUAAGGACCACUCUCACCUUGGUAGUUCAAAACCUGGUGAGGUUUGCCACAAAGAAUUUGUGAGUGACCUCCCACAUUUCCAGUUCUAAUCCACAGGAUAUUGUCUGUCCAUCUUGCUUUGGAAGGUGGCUGCACAUGGGAUGUCAAGAUGGACACUUGGCAGUAGGUGGAUUGAACAGGUCGUCAUGGCAUGGUAAAUGGGGUGCAGUACAAGUCGUCUAAACCAGCUUGUGAAUUUCUGUCAGUUGGCAGAUCUUUUGGGCAAUGAUAUUUGUGAGGACAGGAAUCAAGGGAAGGGUUUGGCUAUAAUGUGCAUUAUUACAAUCACUUGAGUGUCAACAAAAUGCCUGCAUGAUGACCUAUGGCAGACAGGUGUACAGUAUUCAGUUAUAGAGUAAAUGAUGGGACAAGUCCUAUUUAGAGUCUCUUUCAAGUAUGGUGGCUUUAAUCUCUGACCAUCAAUGUACUAAUGCAGUUCUCUUCUGACACUGACAUUGUGGUGGUGGGACACGCUGAGCAUAGUUUUAAGGGAUUCAGGGUGAGACACUGAUUUUAUGGCCACCUGCCUUAGUGACACGAAAUGUGUCUUGAUAACAAAUUUUGCUUUCUAAUGCACUUGUUACAAACUUUGGAAUAUUUUAUUAUUUUAA